AUGGGCAGUUCAGAGGUGUUGAAAUGUCAAAAUUGUCAAAUUCCUUUGGAACUGGAUAGCUCCCUGAUGGAUCUGAGCCUGGCACAAAGAAAUCAUUUGGUGAGUGCAUCUACUCAACCGAUAUUGCCAACUGUGCAAAUACCAGCUGCUCGCCUGAAAAGGCUUAAUAGUGUAAGGAAAGUAAGUGACAUCAAUUUCCAACCAUCGGUUAUGAACAAUCUUGAGUCCUACGUCUUUUUAAGUGGGGAUUUCAGCACACUUCAAACCACUAGACUGGAUGGGGACUCAGGAGAUGAAGACGAGGACGACCUUACUUCGAAGACAUUAAGCUCGAGAAUAAGCACAUUGACAAACAUAUUCAACAUUUUAUCGUCCAAAACUAAUAUUGAAUACCCUGUGUGUCAGGAUUGUUGCGACCUUCUUAUUCAGAAACUCAAGAAUGAAUACGAGGAUGCUCUGAAAGAAAGAGAUACGUACUCUGAGUUCCUAGCAAGGCUUAAUCGACAGCGAGAACUGGAUCAGGAUACCGCUCAUUCAGAUGGCAAAACCUCGUUUGAAGACGAACGUAAGGCUGCAGAGAAGGAGGACGAACGACUACUACAAAAAUUGAAGAAACUGGAAGACACAGAGGCCGAGCUUGACGCUCAUAUUGAAAAGCUGGAGCAAGAACUAGCUCUGAAAAGGGAGCGCGAAGCGCAAGAUUUGAUGUACAGGAAUAGUCAAGAUCUGGAGAAAUUGCAGUUCUCCAAAGAGUUACAAUCACUGAAAAAUCAGUAUGAAUACACAUUGAAUAAUCUUGACAGACUGCGAAAGACCAAUAUUUUCAACGAAACGUUCCGGAUAUCCCACGAUGGCCCCUUCGGCACCAUAAACGGACUUCGAUUGGGAGGACUAGACGAGACUCCAGUGCCAUGGCAGGAAACUAACGCAGCAUUUGGCCAAUUGAUCCUGCUUUUAGCCACUAUGUGCGCUCGUCUAAAGUUCAAGCCUGCAGGAUACAUCCUGCGGCCUAUGGGAUCGUAUUCUCGAGUAGAGCAAUUUGACCCAACCACUCAAGAAUGGAACAGCUGCGAAGCCUUUAGUAAUGGUGGUUUUAAAUUGGGUAAGUUUUUCCACAAAGAGACCAGCUUUGACCGAGCCAUGGUCUCCAUCAUGGAUGUGAUAGCUCAAAUUACCACGCAUCUGUCAGUUGAGCGACAGGGAGACUCCGAGGAGAUAGAGCUGCCCUACACCAUGCAUGGCGACAAAAUCAAUGGCAUGGCUAUUAAACUUUACGGCAACAAGCCGGGACCAGAAUGGACUACGGCUUGUAAGUUCCUCUUAACUAAUGCAAAAUGGCUGCUAGCCUUUUCUUCAGUAUAA